GCUCGUCGUCCUCGCUUGAUUCCUCCUCCUCCUCCUCCUCCUCCUCCUCCCAUCGUCGUCGUGGGAGCCAUGGAGCAGCAGAGCUCGACCCAGGAGUCCCCUCUCUCCACCAACCCCUUCGUCUACACCUUCGAGUCCCCCCACCCCGUCUACGCCAUGGCCUUCGCUCCCUCGUCCUCCUCCUCCUCCUCCGCUGCUGCUGCUGCUUCGUCGUCGUCCUCGCCUCGCCUCGCCCUGGGAUCCUUCGUCGAGGACUACUCCAACCGCGUCGACAUCGUCUCCUUCGACGAGGACUCGCUCUCGUUCCGCGCCGACCCCGGCCUCUCCUUCGAGCACCCCUACCCGCCGACGAAGCUCCUCUUCCACCCCAGCCCCUCCCAACCCCUCCUCGCCUCCUCCUCCGACUUCCUCCGCCUCUGGCGCCUCCCCGCCGACCCCGCGUCGUCGCCGUCGCUAUCCCCCGCCGUGGAGCUCCGGUGCGUCCUCAGCAACAGCAAGUCGAGCGACUUCUGCGCGCCGCUCACGUCCUUCGACUGGAACGAGGCCGAGCCCCGGCGCGUGGGCACCUGCUCCAUCGACACGACGUGCACGGUGUGGGACGUGGAGCGCGGCGCCGUGGAGACGCAGCUCAUCGCCCACGACAAGGAGGUGUACGACAUCGCCUGGGGCGAGGCCGCCGUGUUCGCCUCCGUCUCCGCCGACGGCUCCGUCCGCGUCUUCGACCUCCGCGACAAGGAGCACUCCACCAUCAUCUACGAGAGCCCCCGCCCCGACACCCCGCUCCUCCGCCUCGCCUGGAACAAGGUCGACCGCCGCUACAUGGCCGCCGUCCUCAUGGACAGCGCCCGCGUCGUCGUCCUCGACAUCCGCUCCCCCGCCGUCCCCGUCGCCGACCUCCACCGCCACGCCGCCCCCGUCAACGCCGUCGCCUGGUCCCCCGCCGCCCCCCGCUCCCUCUGCUCCGCCGCCGACGACGGCCACUGGUCCGCCGCCCACCCCGACGCCAUCGACCCCGCCAUGCUCUACACCGCCGGCGCCGAGAUCAACCAGCUCCAGUGGUCCGCCGCCCACCCCGACUGGAUCGCCAUCGCCUUCGCCAACAAAGUCCAGAUGCUCAGGGUCUGACCACCAACGACGACGACAACAACGACAACCACAUCUCCGUCCACAAGGUAUUUCAUUCCUUCCAAAUAUUACAUCUUUAUGCUUAGGACACUUAACUAUUGUGUUCGUACUGCUAAGAUGAGAUUGCUAUUUGGAUGAGGUGUUAAAUCGUCUGAGUGUGAAUUGUUAUUGAAUUGAAUAGUAGUAGAAUUGGAGCGCACUUCUUACGAUUCUUCGCUUUGGAGUCAAUGAAUGUAUGCUUUGUAAAUCGGAUUGUUUACGGCCCAUCUUGGUGCAGAAUUGUCCCUACUUGUUCUUGAAAUGCAAUAGGAUCAUGCUUUUUUACCAAAGUA